AUGGCUCUUCUGUCCAAGAAAUGUUUUUAUAAAUACUUGAACCCUUAUGGAAGUCUCCUACGAAAUUUCACGGUUUCUUCCCUACGAUCCCAGAAGAUUCAAUCCCUUGAUGAUUUUGUCUUACCUGAAUUGAAAUCAGAAGAGAAAACAUUAUACGAUACAUCAAAAAGGAUAUUCUUAAAAGCAAAUCAGAUUUACAAUGAUCAAAAGAAAAAUAAGUACAAAAACAAAGCUCAAAGGGGAAACAAGGGGAGUGGUAGACUGCCACGAGAUUUGGACAAAUUACCAGUGAUUGACCGAUCAUUUUUCAUGGACUUCAAACCUACAGAAAGCGAAGAAGGGAAUGAUAUCAAUAACUCCAUCGAAACAUACAAACCUCUUGAUUCCGUAAUAGGUGCUAAAAAGUUUGGAAAACUAGUAAAGACUAUGAAUAAUGCCUUUACAAAGGAACAACUAAGAGAAUACUACGACCACCAGCAAUCAAUCAAUCCAGGAAUGCGAUGGAAAGGUUCAAGUUCUUUGGUCAAGUUGAAAUUGAUUGAAAGAAUCAUAUUAGAUGUUUGGAAUAUCAGUAAAAGCAAAAAGCUAAUUGUCAAUGAUAUGCUAGAAGACCGACAAUUGCUAUUGAAACCUUGGCAACGUUAUUUGUUGGGUUUCAAUCAAUCAUUAUUAUUCAAAAACAUGUUAAGAUUGAAAGUUAAAGGUAAAUUUAGUAAAAACAAAUUACAAUUAACUGGAUCUGAAUCUGAUUUAAAUUUCAUUGAACCUGAACUACAUAAAUUGCUACUGGAUUACACAAUGGAAAGUGUUGAUUUGUCAUUAUUUCUUGAAAAGAAUAUUGUAAUCAACUUUGAUUUGAUUCAGGAGAUGGCCAAAGUAUAUUUCCAUAGAACAAAGAAGACCAGCAAUGUAUAUGAAAUCUACGCUAAAAAGACUGAAGGAAUCUCAUUAGCUAAACGAUUGUUGAUUUGGUCACUCAAUUCCAACCCUCAUAUUAAAGAUGAAGUUUUUGGGAAAUCAACACUUUUAGAAUCAACUUUUGUGCCAUUUUCUAAUGAGGAGUUAUUCCCCUGGUACAAGCGUCCAUUCAAUUAUUUUGCACCGCUUAAGAAGGACCACAAAUCAUCAAAUGACUUGGUUUUUGACAAGUUUGAUAAAAUGAGUAAUUAUUUCAUUGAACUGGAAGAAUUGGAAGAGUUGACUGAUGCUAGAUUUUCCCUAGGAGAAGAGAGAUUUCAAGACAACACUGAGAUAGAUCUUGAUGAAUUGUUGAACACGGCUACCGAUGAAUCAUCAAAAGUGGAUUUCCCAGAUAUGACUAAAAUCCUUGAUAAUCAAGAGAAAGCAAAACAACAAAAGCAAUCUCAUCAAGAUUUGGAAGAUUUACGCAAGGAAUUAGGAACAUUUUCAAAUGAAGAUGUUGAUGUUAGUGAGUUUCCUAAUAUCGCAAAAUUAGUGGAAGAUUUUGAAAAUGCUGAUUCGUCAAAACAACCAGAUAAUCUUGAAAAUUUAAGAAAAGAAUUAAACCAAUUUGCAGAAACCGAGGAAUCUAAAGAUAUCAAUUUUGAUGUAAUUGAUAAAUUGAUUGAACUGGAGACUGACCAAGGUGUUUUGUCGUCUGAAUCUUUAGACACAGAUAUCAGUGAGCAUUUAACGAAACAACAGAUUGAUGAUUUAUAUGAAAACGUUUCAGACUUGACAUUCACAUCUGACUUGAAUGGAGUAAAUGAAGAAAACAUUGUCAGUUCUGCCUAUACAUUACAAUUUGGAACUCUUGUUAUGAAGAAUAAAAAAUCACCUUCAGAUGGUUUAAUUCCUAAACCAGUUUCUCCAAUCACUGAAAAUCAAGAAUUCCAAUUUGUCAAUUCUGCUCCAUUUAUGAAUGAUUUGAUUAGUUCUUACCCCGUUAUUUCUCAACCUGGUCGUCAAGAGUUAAGUGAACAACCAUAUGCAAACAGUAUGGCAAUUCGUUUGGUUCCAUCAAUGUAUCAAAUGAAAAAGAAAAAUAAAUAUGAGGUCACUGACAAGUAUGUAAAUUAUCCACCAGUUGAAAUCCAGGCCAAUCUUGAUCGUGGGAGAAUAUUACAUUACACAUUGCAAGUUUUGUCUCUUGAAGCAGUGAAAAAUGUGGCAGUUCCAUUACCUAAAUUGCCGUGUGAUAUUCAAGUGUCAAGAUUAUUACUUGGUAGUUUAUUACCUAUGAAUGAGGAGUCGUCGUCGUCGUCGUCAUCGUCAUCGUCGUCACUGUCUCCAGAAGUUAGAUUAGCUAGUCAACCUGAUUUAAUCAACUUUUUAGAAGAAUCAAAAUUGAACUUUUCUGGUACAGAGAAAAUCAGUGUUAAACCUUCACUUGAACUAAUUAUUAAUGGAGAACCAGUGAAAUAUGAUUAUUUGCACGUUUCUUAUAAGACAGAUAUGAACUUUAAGGUCAAUGAACGAGAACUAUUAGUGAGUUUUAUAGAAGGUGGUGAAUUUGGUGGUAGAAGUUGUGAAAUUGCUAUUGGUAAUGGAGAAUUAUCAAGAGAUGAUUUUGAAAAGUUGUUAAAAGAUUCAAUACAAUUGAUUAAUCAAAUUUAA